AGGGUGAAUUGUAUCCCUUACAGGAAGUGCUCAUGGAUGGCUGCUGCAAACCUGUUUUUAAAAUCACAAAAUGGUAGAAAACUCACCGUCUCCUCUGCCGGAAAGAGCUAUUUAUGGAUUUGUCCUCUAUUUGUCUUCCCGGUGUGGAUUUAUCCUGUUUUUGACAUGGGCCUUCAUCCCUGAAACGUGGCUACACUCCUUAGGACUAACAUACUGGCCACAGAAGUAUUGGGCCGUAGCUAUCCCUGUAUAUCUCAUGGUCAUUCUGGGCAUCGCCUAUAUCUUUUUGUUUGGAAUAAACUUGAUGAACACGGCGCCGCUGGACUCCAUACACACUGUGACGGACACAUAUGCCAAAAACCAAGUGAUGAAAGAGUCAGAUCCAGACGCCAUUCCUGCCAUACGGGACAUUUCGAUUAGUGAAGUCAAUAGGAUGUUCUUUUUGUCGGACAGGAGACAUUGAACUACUAAACCGCUUGUUGUCGGACCACUAAUGUGUAUAUUUUAAAUUAUUUUUUUAUUAUGAUAAUUGAGCAAUUGAAAUAAAGUUAUUGGGAGAUAUAGCAGCCUACUGUCUGAUUUCUUUUUUUGUGUGCAUAUUAAACCUUGUAGCAAUAUGACGGUAUCAGGACUGCUUCAUAUGUCAAAUGAACUGCCUCCUGACUAGCCUGUGCUGUAUGUAAGCCAGCAUAUCCCUUUGAGCUGAUUGGCUACGAAGGAUCAUAUGAUCAACCCCACAACUGUGAUGUAGAUUGUGUUACUUUAAAGAGUAGCUCCCACCAACUUUGUUUUUUGUUUUUUUCUGUCCCUACCUAUUGGUCAUCUCUCUCUAUCCCCCUCUCUGCCUUUAAAAAAUGUUUUCCUACCUUCCAAAGUCUUUUUUUUUUUUUCUGCCUCUCACACUUAUGUUGCUCUCUGCUUACUCUCGCUGAGCAGGAAGCCGACUUCCCCAGCAGGCGCGACGUCACUGAAGCCUGCUGGGUGCCGGCUUCCGCCCUUACCUCAUUUAUGCAGCGCUCCCGUCGGUAGCGCGCAUAGAUGAGCGGGCUCUCCUCCUCCCUGUUUCCUCCCUGUUUCUCACUCCAUGUGCUAUCCAGGGAGGAGGAGUAUAGGAGCUUUGCCAGACCUGCCAUGCAAGAUUUCACUGCCGAGACCCGGGACCAGUGCGCACGCUGUCUGCUACCAGUCUGAACAUGCCGGGCGUACAUGCCCUUGCGUUCACAGCGCUCGCUCCUGCAUGUCUUAUUGACAGGCAGGGAGUGAGCGCUGGCUGACAGAAUUCGGACUGAUGCCCGGCCGGGAUCAGUCCGAAUUCAGCGGUGACGUCAGCCGCUCUGCAGCCGGCAACUAGGAGGGAGACUCCUAGUGGCCGGCUUUUCAAGGGCAAAAAUAAGCUAUUUAGACACACACAAAAAAAAUGUAAGUAUAUUAGAAAUAUGUUGUACUACAUUAGUAGUACAACAUAUUAAAAAAUAAAAAUGUUGAAAGUGCCCUUUUAAAUGAUCCAAUUCAGCAUGAUAACUUGUAUCUUUCAUUUGUUGGGCUGUUCUCUGGGUGUUAUUGCACCCACUAAGAUUCCUACAUUUCCAUAUAUACUAUAGAAGAUUAUAAGUGAUAAAUGGAAUUGUAUAAGUUUAGAUAACGGGGUCCGCUUUUCUCCAGAAACUACCUCGCUUGUUCAAAGGCUAUGCCUAGUAUUGUUGGCUAAGCUGCAAUACCUGGAAAGAAUGCAGAUUAUACUAUCUAACCCAGUGUUUCCCAACAGGGCGCCUCCAGCUGUUGCCAAACUACAACUUGCCAGUGUACCUGGACAGCCUUUGGCUGUCCAGGCAUGCUGGCAGUUGUAGUUUUGCAACACCUGGAGGCAUGCUGGUUGGGAAACGUUGAUCUAACCCAAAUGUUGGAAGGCCAAUUCUUUUUGGAGGCACUUGUACUUAUAGGUAGCUUCACCAUCAUGUUGGAGAUGCCACCUCAAGUGGUCACCGGUGUACCAGGUUGUCGACCAUCUGUUCAAUGCAUAAUACUUAUGGCCAGCUUUAGAAACAGUAGCCCUGAAAAUGUUUUUAUUUUUUUUCUUCCCCUUUGU